AUGGCAUCAAAUCACCAUACCUCUGUUGUUGCAACAACAUCAUCAACAGAUGGAUUACAAGUUCAUGUAGAUAGAUCAGAAUGGAGAAGAAAUGUAUUAAAGGGUAACCCUGAAAUUAAUAAUCUAUGUGAAAGAGUUUAUCCAAUGAAUAGAGGUAUAUUGUUUGGUAAACAAUUUAAUCCAGGUAAACAAGAAGUUAAACAGAGAUUGAGUAGAGAUGUAGUUAUACAGCUGAUAUUACAGCACUUGCAAACCAAAGGAUUAAAACAAACCAAGGCAAUGUUGGAAAAGGAGUCAAAGAUUAGUACUCCGUCGGGCGAGGGAUUAAACGAGAGCCGAUUGGUAACAUUUAUACGAAAGGCGUUGAGAGAUUCGGACCGUGUCUACGACCUGUCGAUGGAACACGCCGAGUAUGGUACAGAAGAGAAACAGGCCAAGAUGUUGGAGCGUGAAGAACUGCUCUAUCAAAUGGACCUGUUGGAGGAUGAGGAUGAAGGUGACGGUGUCAACAUAUGGGAAGAGCCCGUAGAGAAUAUAAUCAUAGACAGUGUGCGCAACACCGAGGACGACCAAGACGAAGAGGUUGUCAAGAGUGGCUCGCUCAACAAGUUGGUAGAGAGAUUGACACACGAGUCCAAAGUGGACUUGCAGUUCCUCAAAACGUUCCUCAUGACGUAUCAGUCAUUUUGCACGCCCGAGAAGCUGCUCAACAAGUUGGUGCAGCGAUACAACGUGCCCAAACACCGUGUGGGCACGGCCAGCAUCUACGACGAGACGAAUCAAGCCACCCGAACUCCUCAACCAGUCGUGGAACAAGACCAAGCUCAAGCACCGUGCACCCAACGUGCUCAAGAUGAUCGAUCGUUUCAACAGCGUGUCCAUACGCAAAAGGUCAAGGCUCGUGCACGUAUGAUGACCCGUUUCAUCAAGAUCGCAGACCACCUCCGUCAAAUGCACAACUACAACUCGUUGAUGGCUAUCAUUGCCGGACUCAACUUUUCAUCGGUCUAUCGUCUCAAAUUCACACGUGACGAGUUGUCGCAGCAGAUCAUGCGUACCUAUGGCGACUUGGAAAAGAUCAUGAACUCUGAGAGUUCGUUCAAGGCCUAUCGUACGCGUCUGGCCGCCUCUUCACCUCCCGCUCUCCCCUACCUCGGUGUGCAUCUCACCGAUCUCACCUUUAUGGAAGAGAAUCCCGAUCUCAUCAACAUGGAGGUGGCACCCAACAAAAAGGUCAACCUCAUCAACUUUACCAAACGUACCCUUGUAUUCAAAGUCAUCUCUCAAAUCCAACAAUACCAACAACUCUCUUACAAUCUACAACCCGUUCACCAAAUCCAGGAAUUCCUUCUCAAUAUUAAAUCAGAUUACAAGGGUCAAUCUCUAGAUCUCUAUCAACAAGAUCUUUAUCGUGAAUCUUUACGUCGUGAACCAAGAAAGGCUCAAAGAUCUGAUAUUCAAUAA